CGCUCCCGUUCCCGUUCCCGUUCCCGUUCCGGGGCGGGGCUGGGGCCGCUGCGCAGCCGCAGAAGGGGACCGGGCCGUGAUGGCCGCGAUCUCGCUGGAGACCGUCCCCAAGGACCUGCGGCACCUGCGGGCCUGCCUGCUCUGCUCCCUCGUCAAGACCAUCGACCAGUUCGAGUAUGAUGGCUGUGACAACUGCGAGACGUAUCUGCAGAUGAAGGGCAACCGCGAGAUGGUCUAUGACUGCACCAGCUCCUCCUUUGAUGGGAUCAUCACCAUGAUGAGCCCUGAGGACAGCUGGGUCUCCAAGUGGCAGCGGAUCAGUACCUUCAAGCCAGGUGUCUAUGCAGUGUCUGUGACCGGCCGCCUGCCCCAAGGGAUCGUCCGGGAGCUGAAGAGCCGUGGCGUGGCCUACAAGUCUCGGGACACAGCCAUAAAAACCUGAAGGGCCCUUGUGCUGCCUGGAGAUCCCAGUGCUGCAUGGAAGAAGCAGUGGGCACUGCUCCAAAACCUCUGAGCUUUAUCCUGUAGGGAAGUGGGGCUGGACUUGGAGUGUGCUGGCUCAGCUCCCCUGGCUCAGUCCCCUCCAGACUCCUCCACACCACAGACCACAGACAUUUAUCUGAGCCUUGACAGGGGGGAGGGUGUGAGUAGAGCUGGGAAAAGAUGUUUAAUCAUUAUGCCCAAGCUUUUUUGCAGUUGUUGUGGGAAAGAGGGGAUUUGGGAAAUAGCUGUGUAAAUAGUUCAAUAAAACCCACUGGCUGGCCAGGGCUGGGUCCAGCUGUCGCUCUGUCA